AUGAAUUUCAACAAUGAAUUGUCUGAUCUGAAAAAUCGCUUCCUAUUUAGGACGCUGCGAGUCCAGAAAUACUCGGAUGUUGCAAGGGAUCGAAUAGAUUUCUUUAUAUGGGAGUUAAAAUUCCUUAAUUGUUUUCUCCAUUUGCAGAGCUUCACUUUUGCAAGGGAAUGUGGUAUGCUAGAUAUCUCACAGAAAAUGCUAGAAAUUUGCAAGAGGUUGUGUGCAUCACGUCCACAUAAUGCAUUUGCAUACUGGAAGGAGGUAAUUUGCAAGAGGCUGUGCGCUAUUAGCAUCCGGCCAGAUGAUGGAUUUGCAUACUGGAAGAAAGUAAUUUGGAAGACUAAGCAAGAAUUCAGAGCUAAAUACUCCUUUCCGAAAACACUACUUGCAGCCAACAAGGUAGAUGAUGAUGAUGAUGAUACUAAUCCCAAAUUUGUGAUGGAAUUCAUCGAUUCUGUUGUGGGGAAUCUCAAUGUUCUAGUCAAGAUCAAUGAUCCAUCUUCAUUGCUUUUUGUUCCAGGACCCAAGGAACAAAUAGAACAAGUGUUAAAGGAAUUGAAGUUAUUGAGAUUUUUUGUUUGCUUUGUUUCUAACAAAUGUAUAGAGCCUCAAUACCAACAUACUACAUUUUAUACUCACGCUUUAAUUGAGGCUAGCCACAUCGCAAUGGUUGUGUGGUUGAAUUUGCCAAUCUAUGGAAACAGAAAUCAAGACUUGGCUUCAAAUGAAGUCAGUUGUUUGCUUUCUGAUUUCAUGGACAUGAAGAUUAAGUCCAUUCAGCCAGGCAUCAGCCGCAACAAUAUUUAUAUUGAUGUCUUGAGGGCGUUGAAGUCAACCAUACCACAUGCUCAAGAUAAGCAUGCCGCUGAGAGUGGCAUUGUGGAGAUUUCAACGCACAAUCUGAUGGUUGGUUUGAGUGAUCAAAUGGCAAACCUUCAGGAGAUGCUCUGCCUUCUAAGAGACAAUCUCAUUCAUCUGCCAAUACUAGAUCUGGAAUUUCAUCUUCAAGAUAUGGAUUCUGUUAUUCUUGAUGCCGGACUUCUUAUUUACUCAUUAUAUGAUAUCAAGGGGGAGAUGGAAGACACAUCAUUGGAGGUUAUCAACCGGGCACUUGGUUUUGAUCUUCCGAGAAACAUUGAGCCUAUUAAGGCGAUGGUCUACCUUGUCAUGCAAAAGGCAUUUCAUUGUAACUUGCCAAGGGUUCAUGGACUAGGCUAUGUCGAUUUUCUGUUGAAAAACCUGAAGGAUUUCCAAGGCCGUUAUUCAGAUUCACUCGCUUUCCUCAAGAAUCAACUUCAAGUUAUUCAAACAGAAUUUGAGAGCUUGCAACCUUUCUUGAAGGUUGUCGUAGAAGAGCCACACAAUAAGCUCAAGACACUGAAUGAAGAUUGUGCUACACAGAUAAUUAGGAAAGCAUAUGAGGUGGAAUAUGUAGUUGAUGCUUGUAUAAACAAAGAGGUUCCUCAGUGGUGCAUCAAGCGUUGGCUCCUGGAUAUCAUAGAGGAGAUUACUUGUAUCAAAGCAAAGAUUCAGGUAAAGAAUACAAUUGAGGAUACAAUGAAGAGUGUCAUUGCUCGUACAUCAUCACAAUUGGCAAGGACUCCAAGGAUGAAUGAAGAGAUUGUUGGGUUUGAGGAUGUCAUAGAAAAUUUAAGAAAAAAACUACUGAAUGGAACCAAAGGGCAAGAUGUCAUUUCAAUUCACGGCAUGCUAGGUUUAGGUAAGACGACUUUAGCCAACAGACUCUAUUCUGACAGGCCAGUUGUUUCUCAAUUUGAUAUUUGUGCACAAUGUUGUGUGUCUCAAGUAUAUUCUUAUAAGGACUUGUUAUUGGCCUUGCUACGUGAUGCUAUCGGUGAUGAUUCUGCGCAUAGAGAACUUUGUGCCAGUGAAUUAGCUGAUAUGCUUCGCAAAACUUUAUUGCCCCGAAGGUACCUUAUCCUUGUUGAUGACGUGUGGGAAAAUAGUGUUUGGGAUAAUUUAAGAGGUUGUUUUCCAGAUGCCAAUAACAGAAGCAGAAUCAUUCUAACAACAAGGCAUCAUGAAGUUGCCAAAUAUGCUAGUGUUCAUAGUGAUCCCCUUCAUCUUCGUAUGUUUGACGAAAAUGAAAGUUGGAAGCUGCUUGAAAAGAAAGUGUUUGGUGAAGAAAGCUGCUCCCCUCUCCUAAGAGAUGUUGGGCAGAGAAUAGCAAAAAUGUGUGGACAACUCCCUCUUUCAAUAGUUUUGGUGGCUGGUAUUCUGUCAGAGAUGGAAAAGGAAGUCGAAUGUUGGGAACAAGUGGCCAACAAUUUGGGCACCCGCAUUCACAAUGACUCAAGAGCCAUUGUAGACCAAAGUUAUCAUGCUUUACCCUGUCAUCUUAAGUCUUGCUUCCUUUAUUUUGCAGCAUUUUUGGAGGAGGAAGUAAUUUAUAUUUCAAGGUUAAUAAGGUUAUGGAUAUCAGUAGCAUUUAUAAAAAGUUGUGAAGGCAGGAGGUUGGAGGAUAUAGCAGAAGGUUACUUGGAGAAUCUUAUUGGAAGAAAUCUAGUAAUGGUUACUCAGAGGGCCGAUUCAGAUGGUAAGGUCAAAACAUGUCGCCUUCAUGAUGUAUUACUUGAUUUCUGCAAGAAAAGAGCAGCUGAGGAGAAUUUUCUACUAUGGAUAAAUAGGGAUCAGAUUACCAAACCUUCUUCCUGUGUUUACUCUCACAAGCAGCAUGCUCACUUGGCCUUCACUGAAAUGCAUAAUCUUGUAGAAUGGAGUGCGUCUUGCUCAUUUGUUGGCUCGGUAGUACUUUCCAAGAAAGAUGAGCCAUACUUUUCCAUUGACUUAUACUCAUUUUAUGAUUUUUCCAUUUCACGCAUUUUACCAAAUUUCAAGUUUCUAAAAGUGUUAGAUUUGCAACACCAAGUUUUUAUUGAUUUUAUUCCAACUGAGCUUGUUUACUUGAAGUAUUUUUCUGCACACAUUGAACAGAAUUCAAUUCCUUCAAGCAUAUCCAAUCUUUGGAACCUUGAAACUCUUAAAUUAAAACGUUCAAGACAUGUGAGACGUUGCACGCUACUACUACCUAGUACAGUUUGGGAUAUGGUUAAAUUGAGACAUCUGUAUAUUCCUGACUUCAGCACAGAAAAUGAAGAACCAUUACUCGAGAAAUCUGCAAAACUUUAUGAUUUGGAAACCCUUUCCACUCCAUAUUUCUCUCGUGUUGAGGAUGCAGAAUUGAUGCUGAGAAAAACACCUAAUCUUCGAAAACUGAUAUGUGAAGUUGAAUGUUUAGAAUACCCCCCUCAGUACCAUGUGUUGAAUUUUCCAAUACGGCUUGAAAUACUAAAGCUUUAUCGAUCAAAAGCCUUUAAAACCAUCCCCUUUUGCAUCUCUGCACCAAAUCUCAAAUACCUGAAACUCUCUGGUUUUUACCUGGAUUCUCAGUACUUAUCAGAAACUGCUGAUCAUCUGAAGAACCUUGAGGUACUCAAACUGUCCUACGUUGAAUUUGGUGAUCAUAGGGAAUGGAAAGUGAGCAAUGGCAAGUUCCCUCAACUCAAAAUCUUGAAACUAGAAUAUUUGUCCUUGAUGAAAUGGAUCGUUGCCGACGAUGCCUUUCCUAACCUUGAACAAUUGGUUUUGCGUGGAUGUCAAGAUCUUUUGGAGAUCCCUUCUUGUUUCAUGGACAUCCUUUCUCUGCAGUACAUCAAGGUAGAAAACUGCAAUGAGUCGGUUGUCAAGUCAGCCAUGAAUAUACAAGAAACACAAGUUGAAAAUAAUCAAAAUACUAAUUUCAAGCUCGUUCUCAUCGAGAAAAAGACGUUGAAAUUAAAUUUAUCUCAUGAUGAAGAUAUACCCAAGGCAUUUAAAAGAUUAUUUCUUUGUCCAGGGAUAGAAUCAGUUUCAACUGAUAGGAAAGAGAAGAAACUUACUGUGACUGGAGAUGUGGAUGCUGAUGAAGUUCAAUUAGUUGUGGAGAAACUGAGAAAUGUGCUAUAGUCAUUUUGCUUACUGUAAUACCAUUUCAUGACACACACACAAACAUUAACUGUAGUAAAGUUUUGAUGGAUCAGUAAAUCUGAGUUCAACCCAUUGUAAU